CAGAGCUCUGAGGACUUGGCAGGCUUCUCUCUCUGCUACCUGUCUCCCUUAAGAACGUCUCAUAUUAACCUGUUCUCCAGGAGAAUCCUCUGUCUCCACUCUAAAUGGCACUCCACAACGCUGGACUUGAGAAUGAGGAGCAACAGAGGAAUAACUGACCAAGACAAAGAGAGGAAAGAGAGCAGGAGAGACAGGAAGAGGGAUUCCCCUGUGUUCGGAGUAAACCAAAGAGACAGCGGUGGCCUGUCAGGUUGCUGCAGCCAUGACCAGAAUGAACCAGAGAUGAAACAGGAUGUCUGAGCUCAUCUGAAGCUGUCUAUCCUUCUUCCUCCCUCCUCCUCUGAGGGAGGACAAGAAGAUGAGUGUCACUAACCAUCAGUCCUUCAACAUCCUGGCCAUCAUAUUGUUCCUGCUUUCUACAACAGCUCUUUCUGCUCAUUUUCGGGUGUGUGAGCCCUACACUGAUCACAAAGGGCGUUAUCAUUUUGGAUUCCAUUGUCCUCGUCUCUCUGACAACAAAACCUAUAUGUUCUGCUGUCACCACAACAACACCGCCUUCAAAUACUGCUGCAAUGAUACAGACUUUCAAGCUGUCAUGCAGGUCAACCUUACAACCACUCUGGAUGGUUUCGCACACAAUAACUACACGGCUCUGGUUGGGGUGUGGAUCUAUGGAUUUUUCGUCAUGGUGCUGCUGGCGCUGGACUUUCUCUACUACUCAGCCAUGAACUACGAGGUGUGCCGAGUGUACCUGGAGAAGUGGGGGCUAGGGGGCCGUUGGCUGAAACAAGCGCGCAGUCAGUGGCACAGGGCAGAGCUAGAGGAGAGCCAGGGCCAGCCUCCUCAGCCUGGAGCACCAGCAGGACUGCCACACUGCCCACAGCAGCACUGUCACAACCAGCCCAGACACAGCCUAAAGGCAGAGACCCAGAGCCCAACACACGCUGCUUACAACACAUCAGUUGCCUGGUGA